AUGGUGAAGGCCGGAUUUGCUGGAGAUGACGCUCCCCGUGCCGUGUUUCCCAGCAUUGUUGGUCGUCCUCGCCAUCAGGGUGUGAUGGUUGGGAUGGGACAGAAGGAUGCCUACGUUGGUGAUGAAGCCCAGUCCAAGCGUGGAAUUUUGACGCUGAAGUAUCCUAUUGAGCACGGUAUUGUAACGAACUGGGACGACAUGGAAAAGAUUUGGCACCACACCUUUUACAAUGAGCUUCGUGUCGCUCCAGAGGAGCAUCCGGUGCUCUUGACUGAAGCUCCAUUGAAUCCCAAGGCUAAUCGCGAGAAGAUGACCCAGAUUAUGUUUGAGACUUUCAAUGUGCCGGCAAUGUACGUCGCCAUUCAGGCUGUGCUCUCCCUGUACGCCAGCGGUCGUACCACUGGUAUUGUUCUCGAUUCCGGUGAUGGCGUGUCCCACACUGUCCCCAUCUACGAGGGCUACGCUCUGCCGCACGCAAUUCUCCGUUUGGAUCUUGCCGGUCGUGAUUUGACGGAGUACCUGGUUACGAUCCUGACUGAGAGGGGUUACUCCUUCACCACAUCUGCCGAGCGUGAAAUUGUGAGGGAUAUCAAGGAGAAGCUCGCUUACGUUGCUAUUGACUUCGAACAGGAGAUGACGACUGCACAGGGCUCGUCUUCUGUGGAGAAGAGUUAUGAGCUUCCCGACGGGCAGAUGAUUACUCUUGGUUCUGAGCGAUUUAGGAAGGAUCUGUACGGCAACAUUGUGCUCAGCGGUGGUACUACUAUGUUCCCUGGAAUUGCUGAUCGCAUGACCAAGGAAGUCACCGCUCUUGCUCCCAGCACCAUGAAGAUUAAGGUGGUUGCUCCACCUGAGCGGAAGUACAGUGUCUGGAUCGGUGGAUCCAUUCUUGCGUCUCUGAGCACCUUCCAGCAGAUGUGGAUUGCCAAGAGCGAGUAUGAUGAGGCCGGCCCAUCCAUUGUUCACAGGAAGUGCUUCUAG